UCCCCACCUUCUUAUAUCAUCAAACCAACAAAGAUCCUAACAAGAGACAACAUCAAGAUGAUCCUCUCAUGGAUUACACUGCUUCUUCUCCAUCAAGGAUAUGCACAGAUCUCAGUGACCACAGUUCAACUUGGUGACCCGGUGACCUUCACAUGUUUAUUCCGGAAUUGGGAAGACAACAAUGCACGAGUCAAGUGGUACAAACAGAGUAUUGGCAAUACUCUCAGAUUAAUUACUACACUGAUGAAAUCUACUGAAAGUCCUACAUUUGAACAAGGGUUUUCUCCCUCACGAUUUGAUGCAAACCAUACCACAAUCAUGAGCACUCUGACUAUUUUGAAGACAGUUCCAGAGGAUGAGGCGCUGUAUCACUGUGGAAUCAUUGCCUGGAAUAAGGAUGAGUGGAGUGGCACGUUUUUGUCUGUAAAAGGAAAAUUUCAGAGGACGACAGACUAUGCUGUUGUUCAGUGGCCGACGGUGUCUGACCGAGUUCAUCCAGGAGACUCAGUGACUCUGCAGUGUUCAGUCCUCUCUGACUCUGAGAAGAAAACAUGUCCAGGUGAACACAGUGUGCUCUGGUUUGGAGUCAGAUCAGAUGAAUCUCAUCCAAACAUCAUCUACUCUGACGGAAACAGACAUGAUGACUGUGAGAAGAAACCUGAUGCACAUUCUCCUCCAAAGAGCUGUGUUUAUAGCUUUUCCAAGAACAUCAGCUCCUCUGAUGCUGGGACUUAUUAUUGUGCUGUGGCCACGUGUGGGGAGAUAUUAUUUGGAGAUGGAACAAAACUGGACAUUGAAGGAACCAGCUUGUGGUCCUUUGAUGUUUUACAUGCUGACAGUAUUAUUCUGUUUCUCAUGUGUACUGUCAUGGCUGUAAGUGUGGUCGUUAUCGGCUUCCUCAUUUACACCAUCAAGACAAACAAGUGUGAUAAUUGCAAUGAUAAAGCUGCUGUUUUUCUCCAAGAAAAUGUUGCCAAAAGGAUUUUUAAGACGGACGGAGACACAUGGAUUUAUUCUGCUGUCGUCUUUAUGGUGAUGAAAACUGACAGCGCGGGGACUCGGAAUGCAAAAGCUGCAGACAGAGAAAGGAUUUACGCUGCCGUCAAGGCUUUUGGAUUGGAUUAGCAGACUCUUUGACAUCAGCUGGCACCAUAAGUGACAGCUGAUGUUUUUCUUUUGAAGAAGAAAGCUGUUAUUACAUGUGGCUAUUAUGUAAUGUGUGAUGUGUGUUUUAAGGUUUUGUCAAAGCUAGUUAGAUUGAAUUGUGCAAUGUAUUUUGUUCCUUGUAAGUAUGUUGAAUUUUGUGAAAAAGUGAUAUAAGC